AUGGCGGACCUGUACUAUGAUUUAGUAGCGACGAUUGACGAAUACAACCGGAGCUACGGCUUGCAGUUACUGAUGGUCCAUCUAGGGUCAUCAUGUGUGACCAUUUUCAGUGGGUUUGCCAUGUAUCGUGUGGCCGUUGAUAUGAACCGGGAAAGCAUCUACACUGGUGUUAAUUAUUUGUGCUGGAGUAUAUUCUAUUCUAUUUAUCAACUUCGCAACACAUUACUGGGUGGAAUGGUUCGAACGCAGUCCUUGAAACGAUCGGUACUAAAGCGCUGCGCCAUGUCGCCGUUCCUCGUGAAACUUCGUCGACACGACACUAUUUUCGAUAUACUCUGGAUUGGCCAUUGGUUUAGUAACCGUUUCGGCUUAUCUCCUCUGGUCUACCGAGAAUCUGGAGAGCUUCCCACGUUCAAGCGUGUUCCAUAUUCGAUGAUUGUCGCAGCACUGCUGCAAAUGACCAUUUUUGUUACAAAUCUUAAGUUUGACUUCGCGAAAAUUCAUUCAAAUUCGUUUAUUAUGAGCAACGGCAUGCGCUACACGUUGAACCUCUUGGGACAUGAAAUGGACAUGAAAAGUCAAAAUCGUUGGUUCAACAUGUUAGUUAUGUUCACUAGUACAUUAUUAAUUUUUGUUCUUGUAAUUGCUGGUUUCUUGACUUACCAUGCAAUUGAUGAAUCCGUGCUAGCAUUUAUCGCUGCUUAUUGCAGCGUGAGCUUCACUAACAUUAUGAUCACAACAAUCAGUGGACAGCACUAUAUAGUGCAGUAUUCGAUACAAUAUCGUUUCAAAGAGUUAAAUAGAUAUCUGUGUGAACUUUUGCCAACCGAAAUGGAGCAAUCUAAUAAUUUUCGGCUUUUCUACGUGUCGAAGAAUCGCGCCUUUCUACUGAUUCGCGUUGUGAAAAUUGCUGAUUUGCAUCACGACCUCGCGAAGUUGAUCGAUGAAUACAAUGCGAACUUCGGCUUGCAACUGCUGAUGACUCAUUUGGGGUCAACAUGUGUUACCAUUUUUAGCGGAUUCACGUUGUAUCGAGCAUUAGUGGAUAUGAGCAGCGAAAGCAUUUACAUAAGUAUCAAUAAUAUGUGCUGGAGUUUUUAUUACGCUGUAUAUCAAAUUUUAAAUACAGUUCUUGGUGAAAUGGUUCGUUCACAGUCAAAACAAAUGGGAAAACUUCUCCAUAAGGCAAUCGCACUGAUAAAUGAUGAAGAGAUACGUGAUCAGUUACUCCAUUUUUCCAACCAGAUUAGCCAAAGAUCGUCGAUUAUUUCUUGCAAAUGGUUCGAUUUUGAUAAUGCUCUGAUUUUUUCGACAAUGGGUGCUAUAACUACGUAUCUUGUAAUAUUGAUCCAGUUUGAUGUUACAUCUCAACAGGCUUAACCAUCCUUUGCUAUGAUAGUACUAUAACAACAGAUGAAGCAAUAAAAAAGGUUUUAUCGAAUCUGUAAUACGAGCAGAAAACUGAGAAAAUGUACUUGUAACAAAAUGCAUCACGCUUUAAUAAUAUCAAAAGUUAACACUAAUCUGCACACUGCAAAAACAAAAAAAAUAUAGGUACUAUA